CACGAGUGCCCACUUUGUUUCCGACGCAAUGAUUCUGUUUGUGAUCGAUGGAAAAGUCUACAGUUACAACUUUAUUGAGGACAUCUGGAGAACAGUGAACGGUAUAACAGAGCCUGUCUCUCACAUUAGUGGUGACCCUUGUUGUUUUGAAGGCUACUUUUGCCUGGAGUUAUCAAAUAACCUGUUUGCAUAUUUCCGUGGUGGCCAGAUGCCUGGGACCAACAUAUAUUUCUCCAACAAUGGAGGAUUCUCAUUCGAGCUCCUGAACAGUGACAGACUGAGUCACCUGAAAGGGUUACUAGGAGGCAUCUUCCAUUUCCAUUCUUUGUCUCAGGUGGGGAUACUCUUGGUUGAAAACAACUUGGGCACGUUUCACUACCUGGAGUACCCCCUGAACCAUAGUACAGGGGUACCCUUUUUAUAUGAGAGUCCCCUUGAAGUCAUCAUCAAACCACAGCAGAGAGGGUUUCUGAUCCUCUGGAAUCAGAAAACUUUAUUGGUGUCCUCCAAUUCAGGCCAGAUCGUAGAAGCCAUGCAGUUGAUGGAAGAAGGGAACAUCAACGACUUAAAUGUUGAGCAUGCCAAACUCACCAUUCACAGCAUUGCCUCGAACACUUACGAGCUGGCUUUUUUGGUAGAACAAGAUCAACUGUACUAUGGAAGUCAGAGUUACAUGGGAAACUACAUAAUCAAAGUGCGUCUGAGGGUUUGGCCAACACUGUCCAAUCAACAAUUGUGGUCUGAAGAGGCAAGUGUGCAUUUCCGGGAUGUCGGCAUGCUGGAGGUCCUCACCCCCGUUUCUGACCCAUCUUUCCCAGCGUUUGACUUCAAGAAGUGCCUGGUGAACGUGCAGCUCGCUCUCAUGGACCAGAGCCUGCAACUCGAGCCAUGUAAUGUGGAAUUUCUGGAGAGCACCAUGGAAGAUAGAAUGUUCAUAAUAGACAUGAACAGCAAGCUAAAGCUGUCUGCCCUCAUGGUACCCCGGAAGGGCAUGAACCCCACCCCACUGGUCAUGGUCAGCAAUCCCCAUGCCCUGGGGUUUAAGGCAAACCUCACUCAGUUUGGCAACAUGUAUGAUGGCAACUCUAAGUACAAACUGGAUAUUGAACUCCAACAGCAGCAGCACUGGGGCAACUCAGAGUUGAACUUCACUGCCAGCAAAAUCUCUGCCUGCGCCAUGGGGAUCCUCGACCCGGUGCUGCUGCAGAAGAACUAUAGUUACACCAUUGAGAAGUGGAAGGAUGGGACUCUAGAAGAAAUCAUGAACGCAGAAUAUGUCAUCUUGGAGUUGAAUGGAAUAGUCACCUAUUCAUACUCCUUGACGGCUGCCACUGCCCACUGCCGGUCACAGCCUCAGAACUGGAGCAUCUUUAAAGAAGACAGAGAGAAGCCGUCCCUCUGGAACAGAGAGACCUAUGUCAGUUGCCAUGAGGACAACCAGGACAACCCCCUACUAUGGCCAAAUGUCGAGUAUCAGAUCUUAGGUGGCAGGACAGACAACAAGAUUAUUUUUGGCCAAAGAAAUGGAAUCUAUACCUUCUAUCUGACUGUGGUGGAUCCAUACUACAGCUAUUGCGACCUGAACACCAUAUUCAGUGUGUACGUAUAUGGAGCCUUACCUGUGGCGGAGUUCCGACCAAUGACCAGCAUCCUCCUGAUGGUCACCGUGACACUGCUUACUAUGUGGCUGGCCUAUGUCAUUCCCAAGCAGCUGAGGACAGGGAUGGGCCGGCGACUUACAGGUUUCUGUUUCCAGAUAUUCAAGUACUGCCCAGGGAUCUGCACCUGUGCUUGGCUUCGGGGCAAAAUGAGAAGGGGGCUGCGCUCCAGAAGGGUGAAGGACCAGCCAGAGAAAAUCUCACAGACAGGCAAGAAGCCAGACAUCAAGAAAUAGCCAAAGACACAGGGGCAGCCCUAGACUCAAAGUGAGCCCCAGUGAGGGGCCUUUCUCUUCCAUGUGUGUCCUCGUUGGCUCUUGUUCCAAUAAAUUGUUAACAACAAAGAGAUCAGGUU